GAACUGAGCCAGAAGCUUCACUUCUAAUUGAACCAGACUCUCUUCACUUCCUCUAAUUGAACCAGACUGUCUUCACUUCCUCAAAACCAAAUCUGUAGUUGCUUCCUCCUUUGAAUAAAGCUCUCAUGAACAUUUGAUCAUCGUCUUUGUUAGCUUCUCGCAGUAACAAAACACUUUACCUCUGCUUUUAGUCGUCGCCGAUUCGUUUGUGGGUCCCACUAUCCUCUGUUUGGCGUCUCGUUGAUCCGAUGGAAAACGCCGGUAAAGCUCCGGUAAUCGAAUCGCCCCGUGAUGUCUUCCUACGCUUGAUGAGCGAAAAUUCUUCCAGUGGUUGGGAGAAGUGCUGGGAAGCAGGAGCAACUCCAUGGGACUUAGGAGGACCAACUCCGAUCAUCGUGCAUCUCGCCGAGACUGGUUCAUUGCCUAAUGGCAGAGCUCUUGUUCCUGGUUGUGGAACCGGUUAUGAUGUGGUGGCAAUGGCCUGCCCUGAUCGUUAUGUCGUUGGAUUGGAUGUAUCAAAAACUGCGGUAGAACGUUCAUCAAAGAGAUUUUCUUCACUGCCCAAUGCAAAAUAUUUCUCCUUCUUGAGUGAAGACUUCUUCACUUGGGAGCCAGCUGAAAAAUUCGAUCUCAUUUUCGACUAUACUUUCUUCUGUGCCUUUGAACCUAGCGUGAGACCUCUAUGGGCACAGCGAGUGGAUAAACUUCUGAAACCCGGUGGAGAGCUUAUAACAUUGAUGUUUCCUAUCGAUGAGCGUUCUGGAGGGCCUCCUUACAAAGUAUCUGUGUCAGAAUACGAGAAGGUUUUGAUUCCAUUGGGGUUUGAGGCAAUCUCCAUUGUGGAUAAUGAACUUGCUGUUGGACCACGCAAGGGAAUGGAGAAGAUUGGAAGGUGGAAGAAAACUUCAACUUUUCACUCCACUUUGUGAAUUAUGAUGAUGUUAAUUGAUCAUUACAGAAGCUUCAGUCUUGGAUGUUUUGGGAUUUUUCACUGGUAAAAUAAAUGUGUAAAGAUAAAUAUGUACACAAAUACUUGUAUAAUAAUGUACGAAAUAUUCAACAUUUCCUUCUAUUUAAUCUUUUUUUAGUAAAAAGGCGAAAAAUCCAGUUGGCUUUGUUCUCGUGACACA